GGUUCAAAGCUCACCAAGCCUGAGAGCAGGCGUGGCCAGCUUCCCCAGUCACUCCAUUUAAGGAAAGCCUAGGCGGGCCUCCGGUUUCACAGCGCGCACGCGCAGCAUUCUUCCCCCGCCUACGCCCCGCUGCGACAGUGCGCAAGCGCGGCGGGUCCGCGGCCGUUGGGUCUUAUGUCGCGCCGGGCCCUCCGGAGGCUGCGGGGAGAACAGCGGGGCCAGGAGCCCCUGGAGCCCGGGGCCCUACGCUUAGGCCUCGAGGAUCGUGAUGACGGCGGCGAAGAGGACGAGGAAGAAGUGGGGCAGCUGUCGAGCGACUCUCGCCGGAGGAGGGGGAGGAGGGAGCGCAGCGCCAUUAGCAACUUGUACGAGCUGAUAACCAGUGAAGAACCUGAGGAUGAACUUUUAUCUAAAGCGGGGGGAGAAGAUCACAGACUGAAGGUACAAGAGAGCACAGAGAAUAAUGAAGUCACUAAAAAUGGAGAACUAGAGGCCAACCAAGAACAAGAUGGAGAUGGUCUUCUACAUGAAAACCAGACAGCAACUAGUUCACAGCCUAAUCUGAAUAACAAACCAAGGAAAAAAAAGAAGAAGAAGAAAAAUAAGAAAACCACAAUAGGAGAAACUACGGAAGAUGAUGGUCUGGAGGAUAUUGACAGCAUUUUAGAGAAAAUUGAAGUUACCAAUGGUCUAUCAAAUCAGUCUCACAGCAGUGUCAUCAUGGAGAGUCGGCCUCUUCUCUAUGUUGAACACAGACAUUUGAAUCCAGAGACAGAGUUGAAAAGAUACUUUGGAGCUCGAGCUGUCCUUGGAGAUCAGAGACCUCGGCAGAGACAGCGUCAGUACCACCGAAGCACAUGGCUAACAAUUCCGAAGAGCACCUGGCCCCGCUAUAGCAAAACAGGUAUUACUAUGCGAGUGCUGGAAUCGAAAAGGGGAGUUCAGCACUUCACAUUUGAACACCACCGAGAGUACCAGCAGGUGCAAUUCCAGUUCCUAAAUGCAGUGGAGUCCAUGGACCCAAAUAAUAUAGUGCUUCUGCUCCAGGGAAAUCCUUAUCACAUAGACUCACUACUUCAGCUCAGUGAUGUAUGUCGACUCCAGGAGGAUCAAGAGAUGGCUCGUGAUCUUAUAGAGAGAGCUUUGUACAGUUUGGAAUGCGCAUUUCACCCUUUGUUUAGUCUUACCAGUGGAACCUGCAGACUAGAUUAUCGCAGAACUGAAAACAGGGCUUUCUAUCUGGUUCUCUUCAAGCACAUGAUGUUCCUAGAGAGAAGAGGCUGUCCCCGAACAGCUUUAGAAUUCUGCAAACUUAUCCUAAGUCUUGAUCCAGACAAUGACCCCCUCUGCUUGUUGCUGAUCAUUGAUUUGCUGGCAUUACGAGCCAGGGAUUAUGGAUUCCUAAUACGUAUGUUCCAGGAAUGGGAGAAUCAUCGAAACUUGUCCCAGCUCCCAAAUUUUGCUUUCUCUGUUCCACUGGCAUAUUUUUUUCUGAGUCAGCAAGAUGAUCUUCCAGAGCUUGAACUCAGUUCAGCAAGGGCAAAUGCAUCUCGCCUAAUCCAGCAGGCACUCAUCAUGUUCCCUGGUGUUCUCAUGCCCCUGCUGGAUCGCUGCAGUGUGCGCCCAGACUCUGUGGUUUUAGCUCAUCCUUUCUUUGGACUCAACACUCAGAUAAGCCAACCUCCUGCCUUGACCCAGCUGGUUGCCCUAUACAUUGGGAGAACGUACUCUCUGUGGAAGGAUUCUACCAUCAUGGCUUGGCUAGAAACAAACGUCAGAGAGGUGCUGCAGAGAGUGGAUGCUGGUGAACCCACAGUGGAGGAAUCUGAAAGAAGGCGGAAGGUCCGGUACCAGAGUGCCCCCAGAAAUAUCUAUCGCCAUGUGAUCCUUUCUGAGAUGAAGGAGGCCACCGCAGCCCUGCCUCUGGAAGUGACAUCCCAGCCUGUGAUGGGGUUUGACCCACUGCCUCCCCUGGAUUCCAUCACUUCCUACACCAGACCACGAAGGGCAGCCCGUUACUCCAAUGAAAGCACAUUAUCUCUCUUCUUUCGAUCAUUGUUGCCAAAUUUUACCUUUCAGGGAGAAGAUACACCAGAUGAAAUAGACCCUGUUGGCGCAGAGGAGGAUCUUGACCAAGGGUUGAACAGGCUGAUGGCAGCCAUGCGAGACCUACUAGCCAACAUCCAGUUCCAGGACCCUCCAACAGAAAAUAACCCUGAUGGGAAUGGAGAUGAGGACGAAGAUGAAGAUGAAGACUGGGACUAAGACUUUAGCAUCCAGGCUCCCAGGGAUAUGCUGUAUAAUUAUGUUCAUGAUUUUUUUUCGGUUGAAAUUUAAUAGUUCCCUAAAGUAAAAAAGUAAGUGCUUAAUUUAUAAAGUCAUUUGUCUCUUUCUUCUACAAAUUUGGAAGAGCUGCUUUGUGUUGCUUUGUCUUAUAUAAGGCAGGGUAUCAAUGUUCUCUGAAGUGUACAUCCUAGAAGCAGACAAAGCAGUGAUUACUGGUGACUUUCAUCCAUUGAUUCCACCACUUUGUUUCAUAAAUUGCUUUGGGAAUGACAGGGUUAAUAUAGUCUAUGCCCAAGAGAAACCUGGAGCUGGGAGCAAGUAGAGUUAGGGCAAGAGUGAGGCUAGAACAGAAAGGAGCAAAGGUAGGGUUGGAUGGAGCCCUGGCUACCUUUGAUGGACUCCCAUCAACUAGCCCCUUUGAACAGUCUGGCCUGGCCCAUGGGGCUGUGCAGAACAGAGUGUACAUGAGAACCAAACACUGAUUUUGUGCCAUUGUCAGCUGCACUUGAGAGAACUUUGAUGCCCACCUGGUAUGAAGUGGAAAGGACAGAAGUCCUGGCUCUGCCUUACCUCUCUGUGACUUAACUCUCUGAACCUUAGUUUUUUUCAUCUGUAAAAUAGGAAAAAUAAUAUUUGCACUAUAAAUCCCAUGAUAGAGUUGUUAGGAAACUAAUUUAUUUGUAAGUGUGAGAUACUGAAAAAUUGGAAGAAAUCAUGGACAUGAUUAUUCCCUAAAAUUGAUAGGCUCUCAGUAAUUACAAGCCUAUUCUGAUCUCUACACUUAAUCUCUAAUUUUGGAAUUAAAUUUACAUGUCAAAUGAAGAUAGACAAGGUACUUUCCCAAAUGAUACUCCACAGUAGACUGGGUCUUUAUAGUCACUCAUUCGACUAGGAUACAAAGGAUACAGGAUCCCGCUGUAUUUUAAUGUUUGUUGACUAUAAAUAAAAUAAUUGAUUUAACAGAA